AUGAAAGCUCUUGAGAAGAAUCAGACUUAUACACUAGAAACUUUACCGCGAGGAAAAAAGAUUGUCGGAUGUAGAUGGGUGUUUACCAUAAAACACAAUACUGAUGGAUCUAUUGAGCUAUACAAGGCAAGACUUGUGGCGAAAGGGUACACACAGACUUAUGGUGUAGAUUAUGAAGAAACCUUUGCACUAAUUGCAAAAUUGAACACAAUCAGAGUCUUACUGUCCUUCGCAGCUAAUUUAGACUGGUCACUACACUAG